AGAAAGUGCGGCGGAAAGUAAGAGGCUCGCAGGGGCGAGACGGCCUGGGUCCGGUCCCCGCGCACCGCUGGGCGCCGCGAGAAGCAGCCGGGCGCCUCCGCCCACCCCACCGCGACGCCUGGAAAGUCCAGCUGUGACAGCGCGGAGACGCUGCCAGCAGCCUCACUCCCUCUUCCUGACCUGCUUUCUCCAAGAGAUGCUCCUACCGAGGGCGUCCAACAGGCUCCUGGCCCAGUUGAGGAAGAGGAUGGGGAUUGUGUGGUGCACCCUGAGCCUCUGUCUCUUUGGGAUCCUGCAGAGUGACGCCUCUGAGCGCUGCGAUGACUGGGGACUUGAUACCAUGAGACAAAUCCAAGUAUUUGAAGAGGAGCCAGCUCGAAUCAAGUGUCCCCUCUUUGAACACUUUCUGAAGUUUAACUACAGCACAGCACAUUCAGCUGGCCUUACUCUGAUCUGGUAUUGGACUCGGCAGGACCGGGAUCUGGAGGAGCCAAUUAACUUCCGCCUCCCUGAGAACCGCAUCAGUAAAGAGAAAGAUGUGCUCUGGUUCCGGCCUACCCUCCUCAACGACACAGGCAACUACACCUGCAUGUUAAGGAAUACUACAUAUUGUAGCAAAGUUGCAUUUCCCCUGGAAGUUGUUCAGAAAGACAGCUGUUAUAAUUCCCCCAUGAAGGUCCCCGUGGAAAAGCUGUACGUAGAAGACGGCAUUCAGAAGAUAACUUGCCCAAAUGUGGAUGGAUAUUUUCCUUCCACUGUCAAGCCAAAUGUCACUUGGUAUAUGGGUUGUUAUAAAGUAGAGCGUUUUCAUAAUGUACUGCCUGAUGGCAUGGACUUGAAUUUUUUACUUCCCUUGACAUCAAAUAAUGGAAAUUACACGUGUGUCGUUGCAUACCCGGAGAACGGACGCAUCUUUCACCUGACCCGGAGUGUGACUGUAAAGGUGGUGGGCUCUCCAAGAGAUGCAUCGCCUCCCAAGAUUUACUCCCCCAACGAUCAUGUGAUCUACGAGAAAGAACCGGGAGAGGAGCUAGUCAUCCCCUGUACAGUCUACUUCAGUUUUAUUAAGGACUCUCACAAUGAGGUUUGGUGGACCAUUGAUGGAAAAAAACCUGACGACAUCACUGUUGACAUCACCAUUAGCGAAAGUAUAAUUUAUUCAAACACAGAAGAUGAAACAAGAACCCAGGCUUUGAGCAUCAAGAAAGUUACCCCCGAGGAUCUCAGGCGCAACUACGUCUGUCAUGCUAGAAAUGCCAAAGGGGAGGUUGACAGAGCAGCCGUGGUGAAACAGAAAGCACCAAGAUACACAGUGGAACUGGCAUGUGGUUUUGGAGCGACAGUCCUGCUGGUGGUAAUUCUUAUUGUUGUGUACCACGUUUACUGGCUGGAGAUGGUCCUCUUUUAUCGGGCUCACUUUGGAACUGAUGAAACCAUUCUAGAUGGAAAGGAGUAUGAUAUUUAUGUGUCCUAUGCAAGAAAUGCUGAAGAAGAAGAAUUCGUCUUACUGACCCUUCGUGGAGUUUUGGAGAAUGAGUUUGGAUAUAAGCUGUGCAUCUUUGAUCGAGACAGUCUACCUGGAGGAAUUGUCACAGAUGAGACCUUGAGCUUCAUUCAGAAAAGCAGACGCCUGCUGGUUGUGCUAAGCCCCAACUACGUGCUCCAGGGAACCCAAGCCCUCCUGGAGUUCAAGGCUGGCCUAGAAAAUAUGGCCUCUCGGGGCAACAUCAACGUCAUUUUAGUACAGUACAAAGCUGUGAAGGAGACGAAGGUGAAAGAGCUGAAGAGGGCUAAGACGGUGCUCACGGUCAUUAAAUGGAAAGGGGAGAAAUCCAAGCAUCCACAGGGCAGGUUCUGGAAGCAGCUGCAGGUGGCCAUGCCAGUGAAGAAAAGCCCCAAGCGCUCUAGCAGUGACAAGCAGGGUCUUUCUUAUUCAUCCUUGAAAAAUGUAUGAAAGGGAAAUGAAAUGAGUGAAAAGAACAAAGGGUACUCCUGGAAGGAAGAGUUCCCCUUUCAUCACUGCCAGUUCUUGGUUUAAUAGGCAGAAAAAAAGUCUGUCUAAGCCUCCUCAUGGGGAUACAUUCAGGGUGUCUGUAUGGUUCGUUGGCCUGCUUCUCAGGCACUACAGAGGUUUAGAAAGAUAUUGUCACCAGUGUGUCACCAGUGUCUGAUGUCACUACACAGGUUUUUUGCAGGCAAAGCCUUGGUUGAUGUGAAUUCCCCUCCCCCUCCCCACCCCUCCUUCUGCCUUCCCUUACCCUCCCUCUUCCUCUUCUUCUCCCUCUCCUCUCUCUCAUUUAACAUUACAGAACAACCUUGCCUGUAGAUUUAAACAUCCUUUGAAGAUGCAUUAACUGUUGUCAAGAGUAUUAUGAGAUUAUAAAUCUUUUAUUGUUUAUCUUUUAUUGUUUUUUUACUUAUCCAUUAAAAAAAUCAAAAUAUAAUCAGGGCAUAAAUUAAUUUUAGCUGAGGGUAAGUUUGUUCAUUUGACUGUAGAACACACCACCACUGCAAGGGUUCCGCCCACUUCGGACCAUAGGAAGCAGUGUAACUAAAGAUGUUCCUUAUGAUUGAUUUAAGAACAUACUAGAAUUAUUGUUGUUCCACAUUUUCCCUCAUCUCAGGUACUUAACAUCAUGUUUGUAAACUUGAAAAAGUAGAUCAUAAUUUUUGUUUUAGUGUAGUCAGCUCCAAGUUAUCUACAGAGUAAACUAUAUCCAUGUGUCUAACUCUUAAGUUCUACUAUUAAUCAUUCAGAGUGUGCAGGUAAAAAUCAAAGCACAAAAGACAUUGCAGGUGGCUCUACCCCUGCUGCAGUUGGGGAGAAAACCCCUACUGGUGCUAAUGGAAAGUAGGAAAGCAGCAAAAUGCUUUUAGGGCAUUUUGGACUUACAGAGCACAGAAGAGGAUGUUUGGCAGUCUGUCUUUUUUAAUCCUAGCGUUGCUAAUGUGAAAAUUAGAAAAGCGAUUUCUCAUCCUUUGUGCCUCUUUCUUACAAAUUUUAGUGACCUUGAGAGGUGCUCUUAGCAUUAAUAUUCUAAGAUAAUUAAUUUUCCUCAUUAUUUAAUCACCCCUACAGGUCAUGUUUUAUUCCAAAUAAGUCUGCCUAUUACGUUACUAUCACUUAAACUUGCUUUUAAGUAAAAUUUUACUAUAUGUUAGAUUUGGCAAAAUCAGACUGAGCGCAGAGUUUACAGAAUAGUGAACAUCUAUAGUACAUGUAGAAUACACACACACACACACACACACAUAUUCAUGCUGAUAAAAUUCAUAUAUGUGUGUAUGGAUACAAAUAUCCAUAAUUGGUAGGUAUGUGUGUGUACUUCUACCUGUGCAACUUGGAACAGUAUUACAAGCCACUAGAACUUUUGUGCAGGUUUUAAAUUGUGUUUGUACUAUUAUGUGUUUGUGUUGGUGUUUUCAGUUCAUUAACAGUUGUGAAUUUACAGCUCACAGAGGGGUAGUAGCCACUCGUCCUUACCUUCUUUCGAUUAGUAUAAUAACUUACUACUGCUUACAGUUGAUAGGGGUUGCAGUGCAGUCAGUUGUGCUUGGAGUAUGCACAGUCCCUGCUAGACACUAGUCAGUCAUCAGGCAUUAAUUGACUUUCUACAAUAUUCCCAGCAGAUACAUUGAGAAACUAAGCUAAGUUAAUCUUAGUUCUCCGAUAUGGGGACUGUUGAAUAAUAGAGGACAAUAAAUUCACCUAUAAUUGCUUCUGAAUAUCUUAGGAAACACAAUAAUCCAUAAGUUAAGGAAAGCCCUUAUCUUAGUAGUAUACACACUAAUAAGCAACUCUAAAAUUAUCUCCUAUAUUUUGUUGUCCAACAGUGCUGUAGUCUAUAAUCAACCAUUUUUCUAUAUGAGUUCUUGAUGAUAUUAAGUUGAAAAAAGUUUUCUCCCGUAAAAUCUUCACAAAAAUUAUACAUAAGAAGUCCUUCUUUGGACCAUUAUGUUUAACCUUACUAAUGCUUUUCUCUAUUACUAUUAUUCCCCCUUCUAACUCUAAUCCCAAUGCCAGAGGAGUACUGACUCCAGAUAAGCUUUCACCAUCAUUU